AUGCCAGAACCAACAACGGAGGAAUACGUUCCUGGACUAAAUAAAUGGUCCGAUAUUGGCUAUACAACUCUAGAUGCACUUUAUUUACGGCCUGUACGAUGGUUUCAUCGUAAUUUUGUCGAACGCUUCCGUGGACCAGCUUAUCCAUAUUAUCAUCGUAAAUUUAAUCCAGUGAAAACAAUCGAUGAGUGCGAGAUCGAAGAUCAAGUUUGUUUUUACGAAGCAGAGAUGGCGUUUUUACGUGACCGACGGAUUGAUACAAUGAUUGUUGGAAUUCUUCAAGAUCGUUUAUCACGUUGUAUUGUCCAUGAAGGCCGAAUCGAUGCUCUCGAUAAAUGCGCCAAAGAAAAAGAUGAUCUAUUCGAAUCACAUGCAAAUUGGUAUCAAAAAUAUGGUGAAAUGGGUACUCCACACAGUUGUGUCGACGCUUAUAUGAAACAAAAGCAUCAUAUGAUUUGGAUGCGUCGUCACCCUGAAGUUGAUCUAAAAGGCUGGGCUGUUGAACGUGAAUAUGAACGUAAAACAAAAGAUUACAUCAAGAGCAUUCCCAUGCCAAUGGAAUUUCGAUAA